UUUUAAAAUACCUAUUUGCAAAGUUUUUCACAAAAACUUUCAAUGGAUUGGUUCUUUUCCGGCAUUCAUCAAGUUUUUCAUGCAGCUAGAGUAUGAGUGGAUUUUAGGUAGUACUAGAGCAAGGAGAGUCAUUCAUCAAUGCAUUAAGCAGCAUAGAAACGAUGCUGAAAGCCGGAAAAUUAAACGAAAUUAUACGUUUCGUGCUGAGGCAGAUACCUCGAGGGGCUGUACAGAAUAAAAAAAUGAGCGUCUUCACACAGACCUUCAAUCCGAUGACAGGAACAAUAUGCUGGGAAGAAAAAGAUCCAGAUUAUGAUUAUCACCAAGAAGUGGCGCGCUCAGCAUUCGCAGAUAUGCUGCACGACAAAGAAAGGAAUGAAAAAUAUUUCGUUGCUAUAAAAGCAGCGAUUGAUAAAAAACAUGCGUUGGGGGAAAAAGCUAAUGUACUGGAUAUUGGGACUGGUACAGGCCUGCUCUCAAUGAUGGCCGCCAAAUGUGGGGCUGACACAAUAACUGCGUGCGAGGCAUUUAGACCAAUGGCAGAAUGUGCAAUUAAAAUAAUCGAAGAUAAUGGAUAUGCGGAUAAGAUUAAUCUGAUUUUCAAACGAUCAACAGAGAUGACUCUCGGAGUAGGUGGAGAUAUGCCAAAUCGUGCCAACAUUUUAGUUACUGAGGUUUUUGAUACUGAAUUAAUUGGGGAAGGCGCAUUAUCGACAUUUCGACAUGCUCACAAGGUCUUGCUGGAUAACGACAGUAUAGUUAUUCCACAUAGCGGCACAGUUUGGGCUCAAGUUGUCGACAGCGCAAUGGUAUGUGCCUGGAACAGGAUAGAACCAGUUUUGAAUUCUUCUGGUGAUAAAAUCCUUGUGGAUACUCCAACUCUUACUAAAUCGUGCAGCGGUGCUGCUGCAGUCCAUGAUUUACAGCUUAGUCAGUUGCCACGUAACUCAUUCAAACUUUUGACCAAACCUUUGGCAGUCUGCAGAUUCGAUUGGUCUGACGUAACAACUCUUCAACUCUCAGAAAGCUUCAGUCAUAAAACUAAAGCCAUUGCAGCAGGCACCGCGCAUGCAGUAUUUAUGUGGUGGGAUUUGAACAUGGAUACCGAGGGGCAGGUACUCUUAAGCUGUGCGCCGGUUUGGGAACAUCCAGAUGUGAAGUCAGAGUUGAAUUGUGGAAAAAGCACAGUUCAAUUGAAUGAAAAAAUUCCAUGGAGAGAUCACUGGAUGCAAGCAGUUUAUUACCUAUCACCGGAGUAUGAGAUUCGCUCUGGACAAGAAUUAACGUUGGUCACUUCUCAUGACGAAUACUCAUUUUGGUAUCACCUGAAUGAUGGAUCAAGUGUGGAUGAAGUUAAUUAUCAGCGACCAAUAUGUGACUGUUUCGUUCACUUGGCCUACUCAAGAACACGAAUAGGGCAAUUGAAUGAUAGGAAGCGCAAUAAAAUGUACAUUCAAGCAUUAGAAAAAAGGAUCACCUCAGAUUCUGUCUGCCUGUGUUUGUCAGACAAUUGCUUGCUAGGUUUAGCUGCAGCUAAACUUGGAGCAAAAGAGGUUAUCAUUUUUGAGAGUAACGGUCUCUCGCAUAGAGCAAUGGAAAUGUUUGUGAAGGCUAAUGGUCUCUCUGAAAAAGUUCGCAUUGUUAAUUCAAAAGAUGAUUUGAAUCCAGAUAAUGGAGUGAACUUAAUUUUCGGCGAACCUAACUUUAUUACUUCCAUUCUCGCAUGGGAUAACAUAUACUUUUGGCAUCUGAGCUCGAGAUAUCCAAAGCAUAUUACCCGCAUACCAUCGGCAGUUACCAUCAAAGCUGUCGCAGUAGAAUUCAAAGAUUUACACAAGAUCCGUGCACCAGUUGGAAAAUGCGAAGGAUUCGAUAUGUCUAGGUUUGAUGAACUUGUUCAGGUUUCAAGUGAUAUAAGUGAUAAUCAGAUAGAAGCGCAUCCUCUUUGGGAAUAUCCGGGACAGGCUUUGACGGCGCCUUUCACUGUUGUAGAACUGCAACUUGACAGAAAUAUUGACCAUCAGCCAGAUAUUCAACAUUCUGAUACAGUUUCCAUAGCGUGUGCUGGAAAUUGCAAUGGAAUUGCGUUGUGGGUUGACUGGACUCUGGAUGCGUCAACUGAAGUCAGUACAGGUCCAAUAAGAGAUAUUGUUCCUGGUUCUAACAUAUCUUGGGAUCCUUAUACGCGACAAGGUGUUUUUCUUCCACGAAAGAAUUUUGCGGUUACAAAAAAAGACUUUCUGCAAUGGUCUGUGCACUUUUCCCCAAUCAGUGGUGGUGUACAGUUUACGUUUAAAGUUACAAUGGGAGAUAAUUAAUACAAUUGUACAACAAGUAUACUUGACUUUUUUUUUUCCUCAAC